GGCAGGUCUGUGAUUUGUUGUUAUAUUUUGUAUCACUAGGUAGAUUAGCCGAAAGGGCUUUUACAACAAAAAUCAAAGUAUUGUCUCUAGUGCAAAUCGUAUGGCGAUAUAUACAAUGGUAACGGAUGCCAUCACCCAGUACACUGGACUAUCACCGGCGGCGUUUUUCACCAUAUCGGCGAUGAUGUUGGUGGUGUAUAAAGUUGUCUCCGGCAUGUUUGUGGCGGCGGAUGACUACAUGGCUGUUAAACGUGAACAGGAAUACGUACAGCGUGAACCAGUCCAAGUAGGAAACAUCACGGAGGACGAAUUGAGACCUUACAACGGUUCUGAUCCUAGUAAACCCUUAUUGAUGGCCAUUAAAGGAAAGAUCUACGAUGUUUCUCGCUCCAGGAUGUUCUAUGGUCCUGGAGGACCAUACGCGUUGUUUGCUGGUAGGGAUGCUAGCCGAGCUUUAGCUCUCAUGUCAUUUGAGGCAUCUGAUCUUACUGGGAACAUUGAGGGUCUGAGUGCAUCUGAGCUUGAAGUUCUGGAAGAUUGGGAAGCUAAGUUUGAGGAGAAGUAUGUGAAGGUUGGGCAGCUAGUCUCAGAAGAAACAACAUCAACCGGUGUUACCCAGGAUCAGACUAAAGUAGAGUAGCUGCAUAACUGUAGAUCGUAUGUACCAUUUCAAAAAUAUAAUUGGUUUUAUGUGAAUUACAAGAUCUAUGACACUUUGUAACUCAAAACUUGUGUAAAAAUUCUGUAACCUCAUUUUUGGUUUGUUGGAUAUAUA